UCUCAUAACCGUUACUUCCAUGCCACACAUGCAUAAUUAACAAAGUACACUAUAGAAAAGAAAAGAAAAGAAAAGUUGAGGGAGUUUUCGGUUAAGUGUAGAAGAAUGGCAUCAGUCUCCGUGACAGCCUCAUUCCUCGGUGGAGCCACCCGUCCGGGCGGGUCUCCGGCCACCACCGCCACCGCCACUCACCGGAGGUCGCUUGUUAUCAUCAGAAGUUGUAUGCCCAAAAGUGUUGGAGGAGAAGGGAAGAUAAGCCAAGAAAUUAGCAAGAAUGAUCAGAGCAGCAGCAGCGGAAGGCGAGACUUGGUUUUUGCCGCAGCGGCGGCUGCAGUUUGCUCUGGUGCCGGCUUUGCUGCGGCGGAGGAACCGAAACGGGGAACCCCGGUGGCUAGGAAGAUCUAUGCUCCGGUUUGUGUCACCAUGCCAACGGCCAGGAUCUGUCACAAAUGAGGAUCUCUGCACACCCGGUUUUUCGUUUUCUGUUUCGAUUUGUUUGAAGUAAUACUUUAGCAUUGGAUCUCUCUCUCUCUCUCUCUCUCUCUCUCUCUCUCAAUGUUUUCUUACCAUAGAUGAUGCUUUUGAGUAUAUCAAUCACUCUCUUAUUUUA